GAGCGGACGAUUAUACGGGAAAAACAAAAAUGCCAGGUGAAAAGUCUCAGCAUCUUAACACUUUGCUGAACCUAGCACGAUCCCUUGCAGCAUUGAAGCCAGCUUCAUGGGAGAAGGUAAGCCGAUUAGUUGCCCUGUGCCCCAAAGUGAACAAAGAUGCUUCUGCUCUGAGACUUGACAAGAGAGGACAAGAAGCCAUAAUUGCUCUGGGUGUAUACCUUUUGGAAUCGAAAUUACAGCAUUAUGAGAAGAUCCUGGUCUAUUUAUUGGACAUUGUGAAACAACUCCCCAAAGCUCAAUGGCAUGAUGGACCACAGAACAAGAAUGCUGACAAAUUGCCUAACUGUGAGGCAUUCAGCUUCUGUCUCACUACAAUACUGUGUGAUGUGUGUGGGAUGAAGGGGGAACUCCAGAAUGAAAUCGUGACAACCUUACUCGACCAGUUACAAAUCCUUAGCAGAGCAUGCUCUUCAGCCAAUGAACAAAGCAAAUUGGAAAUUUGCAAGACCACCAUCCCGAUAUUCAUUGGAAUAGUACGAGGAUUUGGUCGCACGAGUACUGACGCCACACCACUUAUCUGCCAUCUAUUUCCAACUGCGACACCCUUGAUAUGUCACCCAACACGACCAGUCACCAGCCCAAAACGAGCCUUCACUACAUUUCGACCCAUUAUUCCCCGUGUGAUGUCUAGGAAUAUUCUCACUGAGGGACUGUCAAGGAGUACUAGUCCUACAAGCCCUACAGGCCAAAGUGUACGAUCCCGUUCAAAAUCUCCAUCUCCCGUAGAAGUCCCUACAACACCAAAAUCUCCUGAUGGCAGUGCAGAGGUCAGGGUCAACUACUUUAGCGUUAUUGGAUCCAGUUUUCCACAAACAAACCUACCAACUUCACAGACGACCAAACCCGAAGAAGAAACAUUCGGGAAAAUCCAUCUGAGCCAAUCGCAGCUGAAAUGUUUGCUGGGGAUUGCGGUAAAGAUGGUCAAUAAGGAGUUAAUGGUUGCGUUGGAUGUGGAUGCGUCCGAGUUAUUUGCAGGUGGGCAUGUGACUCAGUUUCCGUACAAAUCUUUCAAUGAGACCUUAUACCUGGUGCUAGUGACUGUGCUUAGAGAUCUGCUUUACCACCAGAAAAAUGUGCCAGCCUCAUUUACUAAGGAAAUCCAAGACUUUGUUAAAGUGCUCUAUGCCUCUGGACAGACUGCACUUUCAGAGCGACCACGUGAAGAUCGCAGCGAGCGUUCCAAGACACUAGAUACAUACAGUUUGAUUGUGCAGAGUAAUGCCGUCUGCAUUGAUCUAUUGUUCUGGGCGAUUCAGGAAGAAUCGGGUGCAGAAAGCCUGUGUAGUAGACUAUCUGAGAAGAUCAAUAGUAGCAUGGACCACAAGAUGAUUCUAGCACAUCAGCCUUUACUCAUGGUCUGCAUUCAGACUCUUGGAAAACUGGCUGAAAAAUUUCCACAUCUUGCAAAUUCAGUUGUAUCGUCACUUCGAGAAUUUCUCAUCAAUCCAUCCCCAAUUCUUAACAAAUUGAACAAAUACAGCUGUGUCGAGAAGACGUCCAAAUUUGGUGCUCUGAGUGUUACAGUGACGGACGAGAGUAAGUCGAGUAUAAAUGCAUCCAAAAGAGGACCCCGAACAAAAAUUUUGACAGCAUUUGAAAAUUUACGAGACGCUGCGAUUGAAAACAUUUGCAGGGGGUUGCAGUCAGGUCUUGCAACUGAUGCUGAGUGUGUUCAAGCAUUCCUUGCAGCCCUUUCUAACAGACUCUACACAGCAGAUAUGAGCGACAGAGAAUCUACAUUGAUUUCGACAAACACAAUCAUGGUUCUGGGACACUUAGCUGUUAUGUCAAAGGAAAUGCCCAAAACAACAGAAUCCGUUUUGCAGAUUUUCCAACAGAAGUUCUGCAAUCCUCCGUCUCCCCUUGACGUGCUGAUAAUUGACCAACUCGGCUGUAUCAUUAUUGCUGGAUGUCCUACUAUUCACCAGGAGGUGAUGACAAUGUUCAACAUGAUAAGCAUAGAAAGUAGUGCAGCAUACAGUAGAGCUGGAAACACACAUGGUUAUAGGCAUGUGUCUCUAGCAGUGAUCAAUGCGUUUGCCAACAUUGCAGCAAACACAUCAGGUCAGCAGGAGAUGCAUGACCUGCUUGUGCGUCUUCUAGAGCUGUUUGUUCAGCUUGGGCUGGAGGGCAAGAGGGCCUGUGAAAGAGCACCAGGGGCCCUGAAGGCAUCAAGCAGUGCGGGUAACUUAGGUGUACUCAUACCAGUUAUUGCAUUGCUGACACGCAGGAUGCCACCUAUAAAAGAUCAAAAGCCUCGUCUUCAGAAACUAUUCCGUGAUUUCUGGCUGUACUGUGUUGUCAUGGGAUUUGCAGUGGAAGAUUCUGGUUUGUGGCCCCAGGAAUGGUACGAAGGGGUAUGUGAGAUAGCUACAAAAUCCCCACUCUUGAUAUCAAAGGAGCAUCUACGUGCAGCCCUCACAUACAAUUCUGCAUUGAAAAAUGACAGUGUAGCACCCGGAGAACUGAAUGAGUUGAGAUUGAGUAUAUGUAAUCUACUAGAACACCCUACUGAUGUGGUCCCCCUCGUGAACAAACUCAGCUUUUCACAGUGCACAUACCUUCUCUCAGUAUACAGGCUAGAAACGCUAAGGGUGGCCCAUUCCCCAGAGAAAGACGCAUUCCAUAACAUAUUCCAUUAUCUUGAAGAUGACACCAUUAUCAAAGACAAAGCUGGUAUGUGGCAAUGUAUAUUAGCAGUAGGAGACCGGGCAUUUAAGAUGUUCCUCAACUCUAUGUCAGAAAUGCCAAAAACUGAGGCAAAAACAACUGAGUUAGAAAUGCACGCUCAGUUCCUAUUGGUCAAAUUCAAUCAUGUACACAGACCUAUUCGAAGAGUGGCGGACAAGUAUCUCUCCCAACUCGUUGACAAGUUCCCACAUUUGUUGUGGAGUGGGGUUGUAUUGAAGACUGUACUAGAUGUUCUACAGAUACUCUCCCAGUCACUACAAAUGGACCCCCAUGCGGAGACCCCCCAGAUUGCUGUACCUGGCACGCCAUACAGUCUCCGGUUCAUGGACAAUAUGUCAGUAAGAGAAAGCACUGUAAAAGACUUUGCUGCACGGAGCGUCGGCAUACUGCAAGAGUCGAUGAAAUGGGCCCCGAAUGCCACUAGGAGCCAUUUGAUGGAAUAUCUGAGGGUUCAAAGUCUAACGCAACAUAGCGGGCUUGCCCUUGCUACUGAGUCAGUACUCAAGUAUGCAGGUUAUAAUAAAUCCAGUGCACCUCUGGGGAGUGUAACUUUAGACAAGAGACCUUCAUGUGUGAAAUAUGACUCUUCAAUAUUCAUGGCAAAGCUGAGCAUGCGUACAAGAUUUGCUGGUGAGGUGGCUGGUAUGAAGGUUGCACUACAGGAUGACCAGGUACUCUCCAAAACUCUGGCAAAGCAGAUUAAGAAUGCUGAAGCCAGCAAAGAUGGUAACUAUGAGGACUGUUUGUUUAGGAUUACUGCAUACCUGAUUUCAAUGCCACAUGUUAAUAGACAGUUAUUGCAUGAACUCUGUUGGUCUCCCGCAACAUUGUUCACAGAGAAGUCCAUGGAAGCAGCUGUUGCAUGCUGGGAAUGGCUCCUUGCAGCAAAAGAAGAUCCAGAAAUAACGUUACAGUUUAUGCAGGAGAUGUCUUCUUCCUGGCAGAUGACAAUUGACAGACGGUUAGGGCUGUUCUCUGUGGAGGAUCCUGAAGUUGAUCCCCUAGCUGUCUCUGAGGGUGAACCCCCCAGGCCUAAACCACCAUUCGUCUACCCUCAUGCUAUAUGGUCUAAGUUUCUUGCUGAAAGACUAGAGAUUGCCAAGUACCACAGCAUCGACCAGGUAGAGAUCUUCGCCAACAUGCUCCACAAGUCUUUAGGGAUCCAUGUUGGACGACCUAACAGUGUCAUGAAUAGACAUAUUGCUGCAGUAGGCACCCGUAUGCGAAUGCUUGCUAUGGGUUUGUCCCUGUUACAGGGUGAUAUUCUACCAACAGCCACCAGUAAGAGUGUUCUCAGAGAGCGGAUAUAUGCUACUGCAUUGGACUAUUUUGGUACUGAACCACGCUAUGCUCACCAGAGAGGGACAGAGUUACGAGAGGACAUUCUUUCACUUAUCAAAAUGUGGCAAAAUAUGCAUUCUGAUCGCAAAUACCUGAGAUCCAAUAUCAUUACAGUAGGAGAUGUUGGAGACUUAGAUAGAGCUGCUAGCCCAAUGGGUGGAAGUACAUUGUCCACAGACUACAGUCCUAGUAUAAAGGGAGGAGGGAGUGAGUACAGUAGCAGACCCCACGGCUGGAUGAAUACUAUGACGGCCACAAAUAUGUCAUCAGCAAUGUCUAAGAGGUCUUCAGGAGCAGGGACUAGGAAAAGCCAGAGUAGUGGACAGUUUAUCAAAGACUAUAUAAGAAAGCGCAACUUGAUCUUGGACCUACUGGCCAGUGAGAUUGAGAGAUUGGUUACGUGGCACAAUCCACUUUGUCUGGCAGAGCUUGCUAUAGUAGGAGAGGAAACGAUCAAUGCAUGGCGUAGCAAGUCUGUCACUGAGAAACAAUGGAGAGAGAUGGCACGUUUAGCCUGGGAAAUUUCACCUGCUUUGGCUGUCUUUCUACCUGAGAGGUUCCGUAAUUCUGACACAUUAGGAAAGGAAGUAACACGUCUUGUACGUCUUAGUCCAAACUCCGUGAGUCAUAUACCGCAAGCGUUACAAUUUCUUGUUACCCCACAUAGUGUUGAAGCAGAUGCCCCUGAGUUAACCCACAUGCUGACAUGGGCUCCUGUUCCACCCUCAACUGCCCUGUCUUACUUUUCCCGUCAAUUUCCUCCUCAUCCAAUCACAGCGCAGUAUGCCGUGCGCGUUUUACGCCACUAUCCUCCAGACGCACUUCUAUUCUACAUUCCACAACUAGUCCAGGCUGUAAGAUACGACACGAUGGGUUAUGUGACUGAGUUCAUCCUAUGGGCCUCCAAGAAGUCUCAGCUUCUGGCACAUCAAUUGAUUUGGAACAUGAAGACUAACAUUUACCUAGAUGAAGAUGCUGAGCAUAAAGAUGAGGCAAUUGGUGAUCAACUAGAGGCUAUGAUUGAUGAGAUGAAGAAACAACUUUCUGGAGAUGCGCUUACAUUCUAUGAGAGAGAAUUUGACUUCUUUGACAAAAUAACAGCCAUUUCUGGUGAAAUCAGGCCUUUCCCUAAAGGACCAGAGAGAAAGAAAGCUUGCCUUGAGGCUCUUAGUAAAAUAAAACUUCAGACAGGUUGCUAUCUUCCAUCAAACCCUGAAGCCAUAGUCCUGGAUAUAGACAAAAAGUCUGGCACUCCUAUGCAAAGUGCGGCUAAAGCUCCAUAUUUGGCUAGAUUUAAAGUGAAACAUUGCGGAGUGAAAGAGUUGGAAAGUAUCGGAAUGCAUGGUGAUUCUGCCGCAUCGCAGCAUUCAGAUCUCUCAACUGACAUCUAUUGGCAGGGCUGUAUUUUUAAAGUUGGAGAUGAUGUCCGACAGGACAUGUUGGCUCUGCAGGUGAUUGACUUAUUUCAAAAGAUCUUCCAGAAUCUCGGCUUAGAAUUGUAUCUCUUCCCAUACAGAGUUGUGGCCACAGCCCCUGGGUGCGGUGUCAUAGAAUGUGUCCCAGACUGCAAAUCACGUGACCAGAUAGGAAGACAAACAGACAUUGGAAUGUAUGAAUAUUUCAACACCAAAUAUGGAGAUGAUAAUUCUGCCGAAUUCCAAGCAGCUAGGAGAAACUUUAUCUGCAGUACAGCAGCAUAUAGUGUGUUCACAUUCCUUUUACAAAUCAAAGACAGACACAAUGGCAACAUUAUGUUGGACAGCAAAGGGCACCUCAUACACAUAGAUUUUGGGUUCUUAUUUGAAAGUUCCCCAGGUGGUAACCUUGGUUGGGAACCUGACUUUAAGCUGACAGAUGAGAUGGUGCUGAUAAUGGGGGGCAAGAUAGAUGCUCCUCCCUUCCAGUGGUUCAUGGAACUAUGUUCACGAGCCUAUCUUUCUGUCAGGCCAUACCAGGAAGCGAUAGUGUCUCUGGUGACAUUAAUGUUGGAUACUGGACUGCCAUGUUUUCGUGGUCAAACUAUAAAACUGUUGCGCCAGCGCUUUCAGCCUCAAGCAAGUGAAAAGGAAGCAUCGGCUUAUAUGUUGAAGGUGGUCCGCGAGUGCUAUCUGAGCUGGAGGGCAAAGUCCUAUGAUAUUAUCCAGUACAUGCAGAAUGAGAUUCCAUAUUAGGGCAUAUGAGCCAUAUUUGGAAUGCAUAUAUUAAAUGAAGAAUAGACACAGAUGUCCAUAUUUGGAUACUAUGUAAAAUGUGUGCCAAAUUGCACCCACAAAAGGGAAAAGUACAUGAGGAAUAUGUGUUGAAGUUGGCAUACCAUAUUAGGUAUAUGUGACCAUAUUAGGAAAUUCCAUUUAAUACUAAAAUUGAGACCAGCAUUAUGAAGUAUGAAACUUAAAUAUGGACUUCAAAUUACAAUAUUAUAUUCAGAUGCCUAGUCUACUGGUAUAUACAGGGUGGUCCAAAAAAAGUGAACCCCUGCAACAGGCUACAAAUUUCUUAAUACAUGCAUGAAUUGGCUCAUAUUAUCACAUGUUGUAGAGAAAGG